CCGGGUACGCCCCCUCAGGCUCCUCCCCGCACGUCUGAGAGCUCCUGAGGCCCUACCCUCUCGGGUCGCGGAACACCUCCCGAGACCUCCGGAAAUGCCACAGCAGACGUCGACACGUGAUCGUGACGUCACUCGCGCGUCUCUUCAGGCGGCUGGUUCCGCGCGAUUGUAAUCUCGGGUGGUAGCUGUUUCCCUGCGUGUCGCUAGUGCUGUUUCGGCCUUUCAGCCCGAAACGUGACGGCGACACCAUGUACCACAGCAGCAGCCAGAAGCGGCACUGGACCUUCGCUGGCGAGGAGCAGCUGGCGCGACUGCGGGCCGACGCCAACCGCAAAUUCAAGUGCAAAGCGGUGGCUAAUGGGAAGGUUCUUCCAAAUGAUCCAGUGUUUCUUGAGCCUCAUGAAGAAAUGACACUUUGCAAAUACUAUGAGAAAAGGUUACUGGAAUUUUGUUCAGUAUUUAAACCAGCAAUGCCUCGAUCUGUUGUGGGUACAGCUUGUAUGUAUUUCAAGCGUUUCUAUCUUAAUAAUUCAGUAAUGGAAUAUCACCCCCGGAUAAUAAUGCUCACUUGUGCAUUUCUGGCCUGCAAAGUCGAUGAAUUCAAUGUGUCUAGUCCUCAGUUUGUUGGGAAUCUUCGAGAGAGUCCCCUUGGACAGGAAAAGGCACUGGAACAGAUUUUGGAAUAUGAACUACUACUUAUACAGCAACUUAAUUUUCACCUUAUUGUCCACAAUCCUUAUAGACCAUUUGAAGGCUUCCUAAUUGAUAUAAAGACUCGAUACCCCAUGUUGGAGAAUCCAGAGAUUUUAAGGAAAACAGCUGAUGAUUUUCUUAGUAGAAUUGCACUGACAGAUGCUUAUCUUUUGUACACACCUUCACAAAUUGCCCUGACUGCCAUUUUGUCAAGCGCCUCUAGGGCUGGAAUUACCAUGGAAAGCUAUUUAUCAGAGAGUCUGUUGCUGAAAGAAAACAGAACUUGUCUGUCACAGUUGCUGGAAAUAAUGAAAAGCAUGAGAAAUCUAGUAAAAAAGUAUGAGCCACCCAGGUCUGAAGAAAUUGCUGUUCUGAAACAAAAGUUGGAGCGGUGUCAUUCUGCUGACCUUGCACUUAAUGUGGUGACGAAGAAGAGGAAAGGCUAUGAAGAUGAUGACUAUAUAGCAAAGAAACCCAAACAGGAAGAGGAGGAAUGGACUGACGAUGACCUGAUAGAUUCUCUCUAACCACUGGAAAUGACUACAGCAGUGCUAAUUAACCAACAGAAGUAGGACGCAUGUCUGACAUUUAACUUUCUUUUAAAUAGUACAAUGUGAAAACAUCAAAAUAUAUUAAAAAUUUCUAAUUGUUACAUAUA